AUGUUGGAAUUUGAUGUCGGUAAGGAAGUGAGGAGAAGGACACACCAAAGUGAGUUUAACAAAAGCAAAAUUGGAGGAGCGUUGAGAGAUAGAGUCGGAGUUGGUUCGAGAGACAAUGGAAUAAGUAAAAGUGCUUUUGGUUAUGCUGAAAAGAAUUCUAAUCCGAACAGUUUUGUUUGUGCUGUUUUGCGGGCUGGAUUUCGGACGAUCCAGAAGGACCCAGAAGCCAAACUUGGUGUCGUUGAAAAGAGGAGACUCUCAUCUUUCCAGAUCUGUCGAGAUCGCGCCGAUCGGACAUGUAACCAUUUUGGAUCGCGAAUCUGUCAAACGCAAUUUCUCAGAACGCAAACGCAGAUAGUCAGAAAUCGCGUUUCAACCGCAACCGCUUUAACCGCUAUUUUCCCAACCGCUUCAACCGCUAUUUUGCUGCGACUCCGAAGCGCAAUCGCUAUUCUUCCGGGGUUAAUUUUCAAAGUGGCUAAGGUGAGGAUAUGUGACUUGUGGACUCGCAUUGCGUAUGUAAGAUUGUUUGUGCGCGGGCAUGGCGAUCCCGUCGAAGCCGUUUGUUUUGGUGAAGUCGGAUUGAGGACGAGGACAUGGCGAUCCCGUCGAAGCCCGUUAACGGCUGACGAGCCAGAAGGUGGUGGAAGACCUUUCGAGGUGCCCGACCAGCCUAGUUGUCAUGUGAAAGUGUUAUGA